GAUCCCCACUCACUCCAAAUCCCCUGCCACCACCCUCUCAAGCCCUUACCACCACCAGCCUCUUCCUCCCCAGCCCUGAUUCUGAAAACUCUGUCCCUGUGAGAAUCCGGCUCUUCACGCAAGCCAUUUUCUAACUUUGUCCCGAAUAGAAAAAAGGAGAAAACAACGCGAAAGUGGAGAUAGGAUCAAACCGGAUAAGUGUUCUAUUGCCCCGAUUGUUGGCCCGCGGCGGGGUGCAAAAAGGGCAGGCCGAAAAAAUACCAUAAGAUGUGGAUCUGGUACAUCUUGCUUAGUUCGGGGACGGGCUCAAGCUCGGUUGAGAGCCAGCUCCUUCCGGGGAACAAUUUCACCACAGAGUGUAACAUCCCAGGGAACUUCAUGUGUGGGGACGGGAAGUGUGUCCCAGGCGGGUGGCAGUGUGACGGACUGCCCGACUGCUUCGACAAGAGCGACGAGAAAGGCUGCCCCAAGAUAAAGUCCAAGUGUGCUCCAACGUUUUUCGCCUGUGCCAACGGGAUCCACUGUAUCAUCGGGCGCUUCCGUUGUAACGGCUUCAGUGACUGUCCUGACGGGAGCGACGAGGAGAACUGCACAGGUAACCCGCUGGUGUGCUUGGAGGCCCGCUUCAAGUGUCGUAACGGGCGCUGUGUGGACCGCAGCUUCCUGUGUAAUGGACAAGACAACUGUCAGGACAACAGCGACGAGGAACACUGCCUCACCACCGCAGAAGCGCCAGGUCAGGACUUUGUAACCCUGGACUACCGGCUGCGUUACUACCCCAGCAUCACCUACGCGGUCAUCGGCAGCGCUGUCAUCUUCGUCCUGGUGGUGGCGCUGUUGGCCUUGGUCCUGCAUCAUCAGAGGAAGCGCAGCGUGCUGCUGCCCCGUGGGGUCCGGGGGUCCUCCCACCACCACCACCACCACCAGCCCCUGCUGCUGUCCCGCCUGGUCAUCCUAGACCGGGGACAUGUCCACCCGGCUGGCCCUGGCCUCUCCCCCACCUCCCCGUCUGCUGCGGGCCAGUACCCUGCAGGUCCCCCAGGGCUACAGCUGCUGUCUGGGGCCCUCUACCCAGCUGGCAUGCCCAUGGACUCACCACCUUCCUACUCCCAGGCUGUACUGGAUGUCAGCCGGCCUCCUUGGUUCGACCUCCCCCCGCCUCCCUACCUCCCAGACGGGGAGGAGCUGCCGUCAGAAGGUGAGCUGCCCCAGUACGAAGCCCCCACAGUGCCCUCCACUCAGCCAAAUACAUGCCCAUCUGAGCCCCCUACACCCAGAACUGUGGCCCCAGGCUUGUCCCGGCCUAGCCUCAGCUCCAGAGAGGAGUCGGACCAGCUGUAGUCCUCUGGUUACUGCAUCUACGCACGACUAGUACCCAGCCUCAGCGCUGUGGAUGGCUGAAGAGAGAAGAGCUGUGCAUUAUGUCAAGGCCCAAAGCACUGUCCUGCCUGCUGUGGGAAUGAGAGACAAGGUGCUAUUCUACCUAUAGCUACAACUGACUGACUGAGGCACUUGGAAUCAUUGCUCUUGUACGCUGGCGCCCUCUGCUGGAAAUGUAUCUACAUAUCCCUGACUGGGCUUACUACUCAUUCAAUCAAUCAUCAGUCAAUUGCAUUUAAUCUGUGGCUAUAUAGCGCUUUUUACAAAUUCAUUUCUCACAGUCUGCUUAACAGAAACCAGAGCCUAAACUUCUAAAGACUGAGAAAAACUCCCACAGCCUCCCAACACUAUUCAUCUCCUGUUGGACUGGUGAAGACCAGUUGGGUGGUUGGGCGAAGAUCCUUUAGCUUGGAUUAAGUUGACUGGAUAGAUGGUCAACCUGUGUAGUACAGUCAUGCAUUAACAAUGAAGUAGGAGUUGCACUAACUAACAGUAUUUGUGGUACUCAUAAUGGGUCAAAUGUCACAUGGUGUUACAGUGGCAGAUGUAUAUGUUGUUUAAGAAUAGUGAAAAGGGCACAGUGUCAUAUCUGUAAUGUUACAGUUUAGCACAUUAGGACAACCAGCUAGCCACAGAAGCUCUUGGGUCGUGGACAUACUGCACUUCCCUCCCAUCCAUAUUGCAUGAUGCUGGUUCUCUUCAAUAUCUAUUCUCAUUGGCCAUCUCUUUCAUUUCAUAGGAAUAACUGGAAUCAUAUUGCUCUGUUAUAGAGCCCUUAUCGGGGUUGUUGAGUAUGCACGUAACCUUUGCAGGAACUCAAAUGGAAGUAUUAUUUAAGGAAGAGAACAUGUGGAUGAAAAUACUCUUACUGAGUAAGGUCCCAAAGUAAGGUUGUUUCUUUUGGUAUCUGUGCCUUUUCAAAGCACUAAAAUAUACGUUUAACAACUGUAUGUCUACUGUCCCACUCAGAUUCUAGUAUGACAGCAGUUCAUUGAGAUCUUGUUCUACUGCCCAUGAUGACAGUGCAAAUUCCUUUGUUUUGAUAUAUCUCCUCAGACACUGGCAGAGAGGAGCAGAAUGUUCAGACUGCACUUCAUGUCUGACUAGUGUUUUUAUGUUGAUUAACGUUACACUCUGCUGCCUGAGAGCACAGGACAAACGUUUUGUCAGGGAAGAGAUAAAAACAAUUAAGGAGUUGUUUGCAUUAGUGCAUAAAGAGGAAGAAGAAGUAGAAAUGAUGUGGACUGGAGCAGAAACCAUUCCACUUGGUGCCUUGGAACACAAGCGUGUACAUUGAAAUAAGCAUUUCAGAUUAUCCUCAAGUAAAAACAAAUCGCAAUUGCAUUCAAGCAUUUUUGUUGAACAAUGUCUAUUGUCAAAACGAGCCUCUCAACACACAGAACUAUGUGGCUGCUUGCAAAACAGUAAAUACAUAAAUACAUUCAGCAAGGCUAAAUGAGACCGAAAUGGCAAAUUCAUCAAAAGAAGACUACUUACUGCAAAAACAUCCAGACAAACAUCCAGUGCAUUGGGGUAUUGUGUGUAGGUUUAUGAGGGGAAAAUAUAAUUUCAUCCAUUUUAGAAUACGGCUGUAACAUAACAACAUGUGGAAAAAGUCAAGGGGUCUGAAUACUUUCCCGGAAUGCACUGUACAUAUAGCUGACAAAACAGAAAGUGAUUCUGUCUUUUAAAAAUACCAGUUGGUCAAUAGGUUUUCUUUGCAGUCACUACUAUAUCAUGAUGAUCGAAACAGGAAAUACAACUAUCAAAUAGUGCAGAAUUAUAAACAAUUUCUCUCCUUUUUUGCAUACUUUACCAAACAAUUUCAUACAUAUCAAAUCAAGUAUUAUUCAUGAAAAACAAAGCACAUUGUUUGCAGAAUUCAUUCACUGGUAUCAUCACAAUCCAAUUCCAUGUAUUCAAUACAUACGCUGUUCUGCUCAUAGGUUUGUAGACUUUCCAUUGGCAAGCAGAAACACAAUCCCCAAUAGAUCUAUGGACAGGUGAAUACAGUGGAGGAACACAACGGAAUUUAUAGGCGUCAACCCUCCCCAAACCAAAGGUGUGUAAUAUUGGAGAUGACUUGUCUCAUGAGUACUUAGAAGGAACUGAACUUCAUUUUCUGCAUCUCUGCAUGUUGUAAACAAUCAUACAUCUUAGGCUGUCCGCAUUGCGUAGAUCUUUCCCUAAUAUUGUACCGAUUUACUAUAAAUAAAAACAUUGACUAUUUUAGUAUUAACUGAUUGCCAGAAACAGGGAACAAAUGCAACCUGUUCUCUUCUGAUGAAAACAAUGUAUUGACAUUCUGUGAACAAAACACUUAACAGCAACAACAAAAAAUGUUGUCAAUUGUACAAAGGUACAAAAACAAGAAAAUGAUCAGACAAUCUACAAAUGUAUUGAAGCAUUUGAUCAUUGUUGUUUUGCUAUACGGACAUUUAACCACAGUUCCACAAAAAUGCUUGAUUGAGAAAAACUACAAGAGCAUUAUUCAACCCAGUAGAAAAGUAUUUGCUCAAUUGACUCUCGUAUAGUCACUGACAAAAAUGACCAGACUUUUUCUCCUUGGUUCCAUAAUGAUGUGUUACUGACUGCACCAUCUACCAGCAUGUAUUUCCUGACAGACUGAAAUGAAUCAUCACAGAUGUGGUUGGUCAUGCAUGCAGUGUUAUCACACACUAAAUAGUAUUAAAGUGUAUUUCAAUAUAUGUCAAUCAGAAGAAAAAAAUGUUGCUCUACAAAUUGCAUUUUGAUAGAUUAAGGAUAUACUGUUUUGACCCCCUACGUAACAUUGUAACCUCUUGUAGUACUUCAACAGAACUGUAUCAGCUCAGUAUCCUUACUGGGUUGUUGAGGCAGACAUGUGGGUGGCAGGUAGCCUAGCGGUUAACAGCACUGGGCCAGUAACAGAAAGGUCACUGGUUUGAAUCCCGAGCCGACUGGGUGAAACAAGCAUUUAAACCUAAUUGCUCCUUUAAGUCACUCUGGAUAAGAGCAUCUGAGAAAUCACAGAAAACUAUUUAAAGUAAGACAAGCAUUUUGUAUGGAGCAGUGAAAGUUCCGUUUGGGACUGUUUUACCUAUAGUAACUUGGUUAAAAUGUCUCGCUUAUUGUACUUCUUGGAUUCAUACUCAUGGGAUCCCAACUAUCAAAUGCUGUAUCUGCCGUUCCUAUUAUACAGACUAUUUUCUGAAUUUGUACCAUAGCUGUUUGACCAAUUGAAUUGACGCCAAAUAAUGUUUGGAUAAAGAAGAAAAAUAAUAAAUCUUUUUCUUAUAAGUGUCCCAAUUCAUUGUUUAGAAAUAUGUAAGUCUCAGCUGUACAGAUGAUGUGAUAGAGAGGAGACUGCCAUUGUCUGUCUGCCUGUCUGUCUCUCUGUCUUCCUGCCUGCCUGUCUGCCUGCCUGUCUGUCUGCCUGUCUGUCUGCCUCUCUGCCUGCCUCUCUGCCUGCCUCUCUGCCUGCCUCUCUGCCUGCCUCUCUGUCUGCCUCGUCUGUCUGUCUGUCUGCCUCUCUGUCUUUCUGUCUGCCUCUCUGCCUGCCUCUCUGUCUGCCUCUCUGCCUGCCUCUCUGCCUGCCUCUCUGUCUGCCUGCCUCUCUGCCUGCCUCUCUGCCUGCCUCUCUGUCUGCCUGCCUCUCUGUCUGCCUCUCUGUCUGCCUCUCUGUCUGUUCUCUGUCUGCCUCUCAGUCUGCCUCUCUGUCUGUCUGUCUCUCUGCCUGCCUCUCUGCCUCUCUGUCUGCCUGCCUCUCUGUCUGCCUGCCUCUCUGUCUGCCUGCCUCUCUGUCUGCCUGCCUCUCUGUCUGCCUGCCUGUCUGCAACGCCCAGCCCACUGUACAAUAACUAGAAUUAUUAAUUGACUGACUGGUAAAGUUCCUAUCUGAAGGAUCUGUAAUGUGUUGUUGUCGUGUCAUUUCCAUUUCAGAACUUGUCAAGGGUUUCAUGUGACUGUGUACAUAUACGGAGAGUGAGAGAGUAGAGACAUGUAUUUAAAAAAAAAUCCUAUUUAGAUUUUUAACUAAGAAAAUAUUGUUUCAUUAUCAAACAUAUUACUUUGAAAAUUUUGUUGUGUUGGGCUCUGAACUUUGGAUUUGAAAUGAUUCAACUGUCAGCUUUAAUUUGAGGGUAUUUUCAUCCAUAUCAGGUGAACCGUUUAGAAAUUGCAACACUUUUUGUGUUUCAGAUGAUUUUGUGCUCAAUAGAAACAUUGUAGUGUCAUUUUGGAGUCACUUUUAUUGUAAAUAAGAAUAACAUGUUUCUAAACACCUCUACAUUAAUGUGGACAUUACCAUGAUUACAGAUAAUCCUGAAUGAAUUGUGAGUGAGAAAGUUAGAAGCAAAAAUAUCAUACCCCCAAGACAUGCUAACCUCUCACCAUUACAAUAACAGGGAAGGUUAGCAUUUUUGUUGUUUUUGUGGUGUAUGAUAUUUGUGUGUCUAACUUUCUCACUUUCUGCACUUUAACCUCAUAGUCAUUGUAUUAUUUCAUAUCCAAAGUGCUGGGAUACAUAGUCAAAACAACAAAACAUGUGUCACUGUCCCAAUACAGCUCACUGUAUAUCGCCAGCAGUCAUUUGGCUGGUGGUGUUGAACAACCUAUAAACCAAAGAUUAUCAUUCAUUAUAAUUGUAAAAUCCAGAAGAUGAGGCUUACUCUCCAAAGUCACGCCCCCAGUAGUGUUGUCUUGUUUUAUGUCAGAUACCUAACUGACUAGAGGCAGAGGAGUAGUGUUACUCAGAGUCUCAGGACAAUCUGGGUUGUAUUCACUAGGAGCCAAGAGAAGCAAGUGGGCUGAAAUGCUGAGGAACUAACUGAAAUUGUCCAGUAAGAAACACUUGAUUUUGUUUCCGUUCCAAAACGUCUUGCUAAGGUGUGCAUUAAUGAAUGCAACCCUGGUCUGUAGCUUUUCUGUUACAAUGGUCUGAUUAGUCUUUUCACAUGUCACUAUGCUUUGGUUUGCGAUAUAGAGGGAUGACUGAUUUGUUGUUCCAUUCUGUUGGAGACUUGUGUUUCAUGUUGUUUGUAUCUUUUACACAGCACCUUUUUGUUUACGUUGCUUUUCUGUCUGAUCAAAUAUAUUCUGUACAUUAAAAGUAAUAUAAAAUGGUUCUGAUUCAAA